AUGGAAACCCCCGCAGACGCUCCCAUCACGGUGAUACCACCCUUGACUCCAUGUCCUCCCAUCCCCAGAGCGACCGGUCCCGUUGACCUCAUCCUACCUCCUCUUGAGAAGCGCAUCCACAACGACCCCAAAGCCGACAAGGCCGCCGCCAGUAUGAACGUUGGCAUAGGUCAUAUGAGCGAUCCCGACGAUCUCCCCGGCUGCGCGCAUUUCUGCGAGCAUCUCCUUUUUCAUGGGACCAAGACUCACCCCCAAGAGAACGGCUACAAACAAUACUUGUCUUCCCAUAAUGGGAGCGCCAAUGCCUAUACUGCCCUUGCUUCGACCAACUACUUUUUUGACGUCAGCCCCAAUGCUCUCGAAGGUGCUCUCGAUCACUUUGCAGGGUUUUUCAUUGAACCGCUUUUCAACGAAGACAGUACUGAGCGAGAGAUCAGAGCUGUUGAUUCGGAACACAAGAAGAACUGCCAGGAUGAUGAGUGGCGAUCCAUCCAACUCGAAAGAUCCUUGUCAAAAGCUGGUCACCCCUAUGGAAAGUUUGGUACCGGCAACUUCGAGACCCUCUGGGUCACCCCGAAGGCUGCCGGAAGAAACCCGAGGAAAGAAUUGAUAGCAUGGUGGGAGAACGAGUACUGUGCUAGGAGAAUGAAGCUGGUCAUUGCGGGUAAAAAUGAUGUGGACACCCUCGCCAAAUGGGUGCAAGACAAGUUCGCUAACAUUCCAGUGCGGACUUCGGGGAAGCCAAGGGUCGGAGUAGAUGGAGAAAGAGUCGUCUUUGAAAACAGCCCCUACGGCCCGGAACAAGUUCAGCGUUUCACCUACGUCCGACCUGUGAUGGAUCUGCGCAAGAUGGAGAUUCUGUUCCCAUUCCCCGAUAUCCAGCACCUGUACCAGACCAAGCCAGCGAACCUUCUAAGUCACCUCAUCGGGCACGAAGGCCGUGGCUCUAUCAUGUCGUACCUCAAGGCCCGAGGUUGGGCGAACAAGGUAGACGCUGGUACCACACCUGCUGCCGGUUUUUCCUUCUUUCGAAUCAGCGUCGAUUUGACCCCUGAGGGUUUGCUUCACCACAAAGAAGUGGUGGUGGCGACCUUCAAAUACAUCAAACUCCUUUGCUCCCAACCCCUUCCCACCUACGUCUUUGACGAGCUUAAGCGCAUCAACGACAUCUCCUUCCGGUUUGCCGAGCAAGGCAACACGUGUUCUUAUUGCCGAAACCUGUCCGCCCGGCUGCAGCUUCCCAUACCGCGGGAGAAGGUGAUCAGUAGCAAGUGGCUCCUGGAGGAGUUCCGGGCGGACGAAGUGGACUCUGCUUUGGUGCUGUUGGACCCUAGGUCCUCACAUAUUGUCGUGAGUUGUAGGGAGCUACCGGACGAUGUGGAGGGACAGUUCGAAAUGGUCGAGCCCAUUUAUGGGAUUCAAUUCAAGACGGUCGCAUUUGACCACUUGUUCUUGAGAGAUGUGCUGCAUGGUCCUCCAACAGAGGCUCUCGCGCUUCCUCCACCCAAUCGUUUCAUACCUGAGAAGCUUGAAAUCCGAAAAUCGGAUGAUGCCAAGCUCACAAGAUACCCUGUGAUUCUGCGCGAAACACCCAUUUCUCGAUUGUGGUACAAACAGGACGACACCUUCGGCUUCCCCAGAACGAUCUUGAACGUGACUCUUCACAGUCCCAUCAUUAACAACACAGCUCGGAACUCUGUCUUGUCAAGUCUCUUCUGCGAACUCUUCCCAGACAGUAUCACGGAAGAUACGUAUGACGCCACACUCGCUGGGCUCAAAUUCUCGAUCACCGAUGAUAACAAGGGGCUUGAAAUAUCAAUCUCUGGCUUCAGUGAUAACCUUGCUCUCUUGACUCAGAGCAUGAUUGAAAGGCUUGCUAGCUUCAAAGUUGAUAAAAAGAGGUUCCAACUGAUGACCGAUCACAAGACAAGGUCAACGCAAAACAAGCAACUGCGAUCUGAUCCCUUCGAAUCCGCUCACUAUUGGGCUCUGUAUGCCACUCUCGUGACCAAUUGGACACACGAGGAGCAGCUGAGGGAGCUGGAGAGCAUCACUGCAGAUAAUGUGACAGUAUUUGGGGAGGAUCUAUUCGGUCGAUUGCACAUCGAGACCCUCAUUCAUGGCAAUUCGACGCCCGACGAGGCCAAAAACAUACAAGUGAUGAUCGAGAGCGCACUCCAGCCUGGGCAGUUAUCAAAUACCGAGCUUGAACGUCACUCAAUGUCCCUCAAACUUCCUCCAUCCUCUGAGCAUAUCUGGCAUAUGUUCAUGGACAACGAGCAAGAUCCAAACAGCGCCGUCUACUAUCACUGCCAGAUCGGGGAUCCCGCAGACAUUGUCCUCCGAAACAGUUUAUAUCUCUUCGCUCAAAUGGCCAAUGAGGCUUGCUUCAACACUCUCCGAACACAAGAGCAGUUAGGGUACAUAGUCAUCUCACGCCCCGAUAUAAUUGAAGGGAUCAUCAGUUAUACUGUCUUUGUGCAGGGCGAGAGAGACCCUGUCUACCUGGAGCUCCGAAUGGAGGCUUUUCUCGAAAGCAUGGGAGUGUAUGUCCAGGAUAUCAGUGACGAUGAGUUUGAGAAGCACAAGCAGAGUUUGAUUGAUUGGCGGGAGGAGAAGCCGAAGAGACUUUCGGAAGAGAAUGAAAGGUUUUGGGAGACAAUUAGGCGAGGAGCUUACGACUUUGCCAGACGCGAAAUUGAUGUGGCGACUCUCAGAAAGACGUCGAAAGAAGACGUGCUCCAUGCUUCAUGA